AUGGUCAACAAGUACACUCUCGUCAUCAAGAACUUAACUGGAGCUCCCCAGAACUACAGUUUCUUUUCCGCCAACCCCGUCAUCUCCGGAUCUGCCACUGGUCCGAUUUGGAGCAAUGUUCUCAAGGCUGCCAACAACACACCAGACGGUGGCACUGCCACUCUUGAAGUCUGGCACAACUACUACGCUGUCUGUGGAAGUUUCGAUGGAGAUCCAGCAACUGGUGCAAAGGUGAGUAUCGGCAAGUCAGUGGGCAUCACCCUUGGUACCGAGACGGCAUUGGGCAGCACUAUCGCUUUGACGGUCGUGGACGGAUCAGCUUGUGACCUUGGACCUCCAACCGACCCAGGAAACGGCAAGAUCGGCAAUUUUCAGCUCACAACAGGUGGCAAAUUUACUUUCCAAGAUGCUAAGAACAAUAACCUGCUGGUCGGCAUUGGCACUUCCAAAGACGGGAAUGUAGCCUCCGCACUCGGGACUUUCAUCCCAAUGCCGUCAUCCACGUACCAGAUACAACCUUCGGUCAUCUACUACGUGUGCUGCGGCUCCAAGUUCGAGGUCGGAGCAGCUGUUAAGGUUGAGCAAAUGGGCAAGACCCUGUCUGUCAACUUCGACCUUCGCAAGACCAAUUCUGUCACCGUGAAUCACGAUGCACAUCAGAACUUUGUCUUCGCUUGA